UGAUUCACAGGAAUCACAUUUCUCACAGUCAGACAGCAGAGCUCACCGCAGCCUUCCAUGGCGGAGAAACCCAACAUCGACUCCAACAACUCUACUUCCGCCGCGGCGCCGACGAAGAGCAGCCACCUGGAAACCAGCAAGGCGGACCGACACGUGUGGCUGAUGAAGUGCCCGCCCGUUGUCGCACGCGCCAUGCAGAACCACCACCUCCUUUCUCCGCCGCCGUUCUCCUCUGACGCGGGUUCCGGACAAACUGUCGCUAAGGUCGUCGUUUCCGUCGACCCACUUCGCCCCAAUGACGACUUCUCCUCCACCCAGUUUACAAUGGAGUUGGCUGGCACUGCAGAUAGACACAUGCCCAAGUGCUACUCAAUGGACAUGUCCACUGAUUUUAUUCCUAUGUCUGUAUUUGCUGAAUCUUCUCAAGGGAAGUCUUCUGUGGAGGGGAAAAUCUACCAUAAAUUUGACAUGAAGCCUCAUGAUGAAGAUAUUGAAGACUAUGCAAAACUAUGCCGGGAGAGGACAAACAAAUAUAUGACUAAAACUAGACAAAUACAGAUUAUUAAUGAUGAUGGUGGAAUACGUAUGAGGCCCAUGCCCGGGAUGCUUGACAUAAAAUCCUCUGUAUUUGUGGAUAAGAAGGAUAAGAAGAAAGUUCAAGCAAAGGUGUCAGAAAAUAAAAGAACAAGAAGAGAUCCUGAGGAAAUGGAGAAGAUCAUGUUUAAGCUCUUUGAGAAACAACCAAAUUGGACGCUGAAACAACUGAUUCAGAAGACAGAUCAGCCUGAGCAAUUUCUUAAAGAUAUGCUUAAGCUGCUCUGCGUGUACAACAACAAGGGAGCCAAUCAAGGAACCUAUGAGCUGAAACCCGAGUAUCGGAGAUCAGAAAACAAAUCAGAUGCCCAGCAGACGACCACAAGAUAGGACAUGUUUCCUAGUCAUUUGCGACUCUUAGAAUAUUACUCUUUCUCGUGGUACUUUCUAACCACCUAACUCGAGUAUUUUAGUCACUUUUUAGUGAUUGAGUAGCACCUUCUUGAUGGAUAACAGUGCUCUGUUUGAGAUUCUUCUGUAACUAUGAUCUUACUUACUAUUCAUUGUUGAACCGUCUACGUAGUUUUAAGCUUCAACAAGCUACUUGAAGUUUUAGCAACUUUCACCCAACAAAAAUUACAAAUUUCUCU